CCGUACCAAAGAUCCUAGUAGCGCGCGCUCUAGGAUCUUUGGACCGUACCCAUUGACCUCUAAAUAUACAUUAGCAGAGGUCAGUGAUUAGACUUUGUCCUUUAAUUGAAGGACAUCCAGCCAGCCAGAGCUUUUAGUACUUCGAAGCAUUGCCAUUGCAUUGGAAAUGAGUGCGCUUUAUGAGGCAUUGGCCAUUGCCAUUGGGGCCUACAUCUGAGACUGAGACGAACUGCGAACAGGUAGGUAAUGAGAUCACGAAGCUCCACUCAAAUCGAGCAGGAUUCAAGUUGUCCACAAUGCUACGCAUCCAAUCAAGCCAUCUGCCUCGAUGCUUGAGGGCCACCGGCAAGUAUUGGGCCCCUCCUGUCCAGGCCUCUGUGACCUAUCGUCAGGCUAGUGCAGCGUCAACCUCACAAGACCAAACAGUCAAUGCCCUACCCCAGCAGGCUAGAGUUGUUAUCUGUGGAGGGGGCAUAGCGGGUCUGUCAGCGGCCUAUAACCUGGCCAAACUGGGAGAGACAGACGUCGUGCUGCUGGAACAAGGAAGCUUCACAUGUGGAACAACAUGGCAUGCUGCGGGGCUGGUAGGCGUUCUCAGACCACACCCAUUGAUUUUUGCUCUGUCCAAAAUGAGUGCCAACUUGUAUGCCAAUCUGGAAGAAGACACUGGCCUGAGUUCAGGGUAUAGGAAAAUCGGAUCAGUCAUUUUGGCACAGACUAAGGAUCGAAUGACUUACCUGAAGAGAGCUGCUGCCCUCGCUAGAGCAAGGAAUAUAGACCACACUCUGCUGGCACCCUCUGAGGUCAAUUCCAUUGUCCCCUGGGUCAGAACCGAUGACCUUGAAGGAGCGAUACAUAUCCUUGACGACGGCGUCACAGACCCAACAGACACUGCUUUGUCUCUAGCAAGGGGUGCCAAAAACAGAGGUGUCAAGCUUGUGGAAGGUGUCCAAGUCAAAGCUGUGCUGUCGGAAGACGGAAAGGUUUCUCAAGUUCAGACGUCCCUCGGUGACAUCCAAUGUGACUACUUUGUCAAUGCAGCAGGACAGUGGGGUCGAGAUGUUGGGUUGAUGAGUCGUCCCAUAGUCAAUGUACCAAUGCACUCCACGGCCCAUGGAUACCUGGUCACUAAGCCUCUACCAGGACUGGAUGUUAAGACUCCAUAUGUACGUGACUAUGACAGUUUAAAUUACAUUCGUGAGUGGAGCGGAGGUCUGAUGUGUGGUUAUUUUGCCCCCAAAGCUAAGCCAAUCUUCCACGACGGAAUUCCUGAAAAGUCUGCAUUUUUGUCCCUCCCAGAAGACUGGGACCACUUCCAGUACCACUUGGACGGUUUUCUCCAUCGGGUGCCAGCCGCUGACAAGAUGGAAGUCAGGCAGCUGUUUACUGGGGCAGAGUGCUUCACUCCGGAUCUCAUGUUUCUAUUUGGGGAGGUUCAUGAGAUGAGGAACUAUUACCUGAUGACAGGUUUCAGCUCCUUGGGUAUCACCAUGUCUGGCGGCUUGGGACAACUCUUAGCUGAGCUGAUCGUUCACGGAGAGACUUCCCUCGGAUACUGGUCAGUCAACCCUCAACGUUUCUCACCUCAACAGAACAACAAGGCGUACCUUAGAGAGAGGGUUACAGAAAUCGAAGGGACCAACUAUAAACUCAGCUACCCAUUUGGCCAGUACAAGACAGGGAGGAAGCUACGAUGUACUGCGCUGUAUGCCAGACUGGCCCAAGCGGGGGCAGUGUUUGGGGAGAUGAUGGGGGUGGAACGACCCAAGUGGUACGUGGAAGAAGGCGACACAGAAGAGUUUGUGGAGGACAUCCAGCGCGGGACGUUCUCCAAGCCUGGAUGGUUUGACAUGGUGAAGGCCGAGUACUGGGCUUGUCGUGAAUCUGUCUGCGUGAUGGAUAUGUCCUCAUUCACCAAGUUUCAGUUAGAGGGCAAAUCAGCUACGUCGUUACUCCAGCGUCUGUGUCCUAAUGACAUGGAUGUUCCCGUCGGCACUGUGGUGCAUUCUGGGAUGCUUAACGAGAAAGGUUGCUAUGAAAACGAUUGCAGUAUAGCCCGCUUGGGCGAUGAAAGAUAUUUCAUCGUCUGUCCCACUAUUCAGCAAGUCAAGGGAUUUCACUGGAUCGCGAGGCAUCUGCCUAAAGAUGGCUCGGUCAAGCUACGAGAUGUGUCCGGUCAGUACACCGGUCUGAAUGUCCUGGGACCAAAAGCCAGAGAUGUCCUGCAGAAAUUGACCAACACGUCACUCAACACAGCAAGCUUCAAACCAUUCUGUUACAAGGAAAUCAACCUUGGAUUUUGUACCGGGAUCCAUGCUAUGACCAUAACCCAUGCCGGAGAGGACGGCAUGUUGCUCUACGUUCCCAAUGAGGGUGCCGUCCAUGUUUUUGACAUGCUGAUGAAAGCCGGUCGCGACUACGGCAUACGCCCAGCGGGAUAUCACGCGCUCCGAUGGCUGAGGGUAGAGAAAUUCUACUCCUAUUGGGGGAUCGACUUCAACAAUGAGCACACACCAUUUGAAAUUGGCCGAGAAAUGAGAGUGAAAUUUGAUAAGGGAGUAGAGUUCAUAGGUCAGUCAGCGUUGCUAAGGCAACAGCGUGAGGGCAUCCAUCGUCGGUUAGUUGCAUUCGUCAUGGAGGAUCACAAAGUGGACAAAGAUCUCUGGUGUUGGGGCAGUGAACCCAUCUAUCGUAACGGUCAGCUGGCCGGAAUGACCACGUCCAGUAGCUUCAGCCCCACCUUAGGCUCCAUGCUGUGUCUAGGCUGGCUGAACAAUACUGACCCUCAGACCGGUCAGACGCAAGUGGUCACUCAUGACUAUGUGACCAAGGCUAAGUAUGAGAUUGAUAUCGCUGGACAGAUGUUCCCAGCUAAGGCCAACCUCUACCCGCCUAAACUGGUCACUAAACAGCCCCUACAUGGCUAAAAAUAAGAUACAUGUACCUACAGUAUUAGGUCAAGCUCAGGUGUGGAAGGGGAGGGGCAAUAUACAUUCUUGAAAGCGGAUGAAGCGAGUGUCAAAAAACACUUAUUCUUGUGUGCUUUUGGCCUUCUUCCCUGUAUACUCCCCAAUGGCGUCAGUUUAACAGCAACUCAGAUUUGGUGGUUUGCUUUUUUUUUUUCGGAAUUUUUGGCAGUUUUAGAUUUUUUUUGUUUUUUUGUUUGGUCAAUUCAGUCCUACCUUCGUAAUAAGUACAAUAUUUUGUUUAUCAAGAGCUUCAUAUUUCUGUCUCAUAAUAAAAGCCAAAUCACAAAUCAAGAUUAGUUAAUUCCAAAUAUACUGGCAUUUUAUAUCCAGAAAGUGAUUAGAAAAAUAUUUUGAAAUGUACAAUUCUCUGUAAAUUUUUAUAUAAAAGCUUUUGCACUUGUGGCUAAUGAGAAGUUAUGGUUGGUUUAUACCAUAGGACUAGUUCCACGGAAUUAAAAAAUGUAAAGGAAAAAUCCUUUAAAAAAAAAAAAAAAAACAAAGAAA